AUGGCCGACCAGAUAAAAUACUGGCAUGUCACGUACAACGACAUCCACAAUCUCAUCCGUAAAGUCACUCCCCAAAUUGCCAAAGAGUUCAAUCCUGAUCUGCUAAUUGCUAUCGGUGGAGGAGGAUUCUUCCCAGCCCGUGUUAUGCGUACAUUUUUGCGAGAGCAGACAGCAAAUAAGACUCUCCAGAUUCAGGCCAUCGGUCUGUCUUUAUACGAGCCCGUCGAAGGCGCUACAGCGGAACAGUUGGGCAACGAAGUUAUCCGCACGCAAUGGCUCGGUGCUGAUGCUGGAAAGAUGUUGAUAGGAAAGAACAACUUGAUUGUCGAUGAAGUCGACGAUACCCGCAAAACCCUCCAUUACGCACUCUCUGAGUUGCAGAAAGAUGUUGAAGCCGAGUUGCUAAAUUAUCCUGAAAGCGAACGGGAAGCUUUACGCUCAAAAACUAAAUUUGCUAUCUUUGUCGUCCACAACAAGUUGAAGCCCAAGUUGGCUGAGCUUCCAGCGGAUACACCAUACUUUGCUGGCCACAACGUGGAGGAUCUUUGGCUUAAUUAUCCAUGGGAGGCCAUAGCCAUUGAAGAACACGAUGCGCGUGCUGCGGCAGACAAAAGUUCACUCUGA